AUGGUGUCGAUUCACGCUCGAGCUAAAAUAUUCGAACAGUGCGAGAACGAACCUUGGCAGAGGGGCGAUUCGGAUUUGUAUGAUGCGUUGACGAAGCCAGUUCGCGAGUCUUCUACUCGGUUAAUUUUCACCUCCUCUAAACCACUCGAGAAAAAAAUACUCGAAAAAAGACGACUCGAAAGGCACAUCCCGAUCACAUUCCCCGAUGGAUUCAGCUCUAUAAUCAACGACGACCUUAACGGUUCGUUUUUCUGUGACUACAUUGCCUCCGACGAUGACGACGACCAGAUCAUUCGCCACGUAUCAUGGACGUGUUUCAAAGUCAAAAAGGUCCACAAACCAAACGAAUAUGAAUGGGUCCAGACCACAAUUCUAAUCGACUGGACGAUGGCCGACAAGCGCCAAACUGUUCUCGUGCUGAACCUCCCCGAGCAACAACAACUCCGGAUGCAGCACAAACUGCCGCAGAUCAAAGCCCGAAUCAAUCCGUUCCGUUGGCAUAUGGAGUUCUCAAGCACCCUCAUUACCCUAUACGAUGAUUCGAUUUGGUCUUUGCGAGAUCUGGUUCGAGGUAUAGAAAAGUCACGAGACGGAGAAAACCCUCCACCAAUCAAUUUCCCUCAUCUCCACGACACCGGCCGCCACAUCUUCCACUCCAAUGAGACGCUCGAGGUCGCUGAGAACACAAUCCAUAGUAUCAUCUCAGAACAGGCACGCUGGCGCGAAGAAUUUCCCGACUCGCGGCAGAAAGGGAGAGGGCCUCUUCGGCACCAACUUCUUCGACUUCGCGCCUGGAGACGACAGCGAUUGGAAAACAGCCAGCACGUUCUGGAUGUACUGGGCGGUGACGAUCCCGUUGACGCUGGUGACGGUGAUGAUCUGGGUAUUGUGGCAUUGGCGGGUGCAGUUGAAGGAUUACUGGCGGGUGCAGAGGGAGAAGUAUCAGGAACAGCGGAUGAGGAGGGUGGGAGGGGUGGUAGUGGCUAA